AUGCAGCACACAAAUGUACCCCCAAGCGCAGGCUGUGUGGUGGGCAGCACCUCACGGCUGACAAGGACUGUAGGCAAAGAUUCCAGAUCCCGUAAGUCGUGCGAUGAAAGGGGCUGGAAAAAGCCUCGCACCACCGAUCAAGGCCAGGCCACGGCACCACCAUCACCCCCCAUGGAUGGGCAGUACUUCCAGCAGUCACGCGCUUCCGGCGGCCGUUCCAGGCGACGUUCUGGGUCCCAUUCCAGGGGCCGGUCCCGGUCCAAGAGCCGUUCCCGGUCCCGAAGAGGAGCGCGGCGCUACAAGUCUGGGAGCCGCUCCAGGUCUCCAUCCAGGUCUACCGGGCGUCAAGAGCAGCCUAGCGGGGUGUCAGCGAGAAGCGAGAAGGCGGGCUCUGUAACCUGGGCCGACACGGUCCGAGGAGUGCCAGCUGACGCACUGUCGGGGUCACUCCCAGAGCCACGGAGAGCGCACACAAGAUUUCCCAGCUGA